AUGGCCGACGUGACCGAGGCGAGUGGCGGCCCUCACGGCCAUGGCGAGGCUGAAGAGCAGGUUCAGAUUAGCAACGAGGAGGAGAGCACAGAAGCCCAGAAUAUUGAAGGCGAAAAGGGCACAGCUGCAGUGCCCGUCCAAGAGGAAGAGAUGCUUGGCCAACAACGCCUCAACGCUGCAGAGUAUUCGCAUGAAAAUCUGUUUAGGCAGCGUCGCAUUAGGAGCGAGAACUUCGUGGUGCGGCGGCUGGUGGGCAACUUCUUCGACCUGUGGAAGGCCUACGCCGGCUACCAACACCUGCCAGGCGCACACGAGCCCUUCCCGCGUACGGAGAACAUCAUCAAGAACGCCAUUCUCAAGGACGAGCGUGUCAUCCGGGCCACACAAAAGUACGCAAUCGAGAAGAAGAUGUCGGAGGAGGCGGCCAAGCGACAUGUAGCAGAAAUGAUUGGCAACAUGAUCGCCAGUUUCAGCUCGCGCAUCACGCGCUCGUUCGAAUACGUGAUGACGAAGAUCCUCAAGCGCCUCUUCGUUUCCAUUCACGUUGAUGACCAAGGUCUCCGUAUGGUGAAAGAGCUGGAAGAAAAGGGUGUUCCGGUGGUGCUCAUUCCCACGCACAAGUCGCACAUCGACUACAUCGUCAUGUCCAUCAUUUGCUUCCAUUACAACCUGCCGCUGCCCUACAUUGCUGCCGGAGACAAUCUCAACAUCCCCAUCGUCGGCUACCUCUUCAGGCGAGCAGGAGCGUUCUUCAUUCGCCGGGAGUUUGCCGGCGACCCGCUCUAUUCGCUGCUCUUCCGCUGCUAUGUGGAGCAGAUCCUCAACGAAUCGUCGGUGUUGGAAUUCUUCAUCGAGGGAGGACGCAGCCGCAGCGGUAAGGUGUUGCGGCCCAAGAUGGGAAUGCUGUCCGUCAUCACCAACACCGUUCUCGAAGGCCAAGUCGAUGAUGCCAUGGUCGUGCCUGUGGCGAUCAGCUAUGACAAGGUGAUCGAAGGCGAGGCCUACAAAAAGGAGCUGUUGGGCGGGCAGAAGGAACCCGAGACCGUUGCCGGCGUUAUCCGUGCUGCGCGCCUCUUGAAGUUCAAAUUCGGACGUGUCGACGUCAACAUCGGCGAUGCCAUCUCCAUCAAGCAGUUCAUUGCCAACCAGUACGUCCGACAUCAAUUGCGUGCUGAGACCGGACCUGAUGACCCUGCUGUGCGCCGCCUCGUAUCGGCCCUCGCCUAUCGGGUUCUCUACGAGUGCAACAAGGUGACGGUGGCGCGACCCACCGCGCUGGUGGCCACGGCUCUCCUCACGCACACCGGUCGCGGCUUGCCCAUCACCCAACUGCGCAACAAGGUCCUUCAGCUGCGGCAAAUGAUCGUCGAGCGCGGCGGCUUCGUCGCCUCUCUCAAGGAGGACAAGAUCAGCGCGCUCCGCAUCACAGAAAACGCGCUCAACGUGCUCGACAAUCUGGUGGAGAAGCACAAGCAGGGCACACACGAGACCGUCUAUCAGCCCAAGCAAAGGUUGGAGUUGACGUUCUACAAGAAUUCGAUUAUCCAUUGGUUCGUGUUGGAGGGCAUCGUGUCGGCAGCGCUCUACGCCUCCAUCAAGCCUCACAUCCGUGUGGCCCAGCCUGAGGACAUCUCCAAGUUCAAGGUCAAUAAGCGUGACCUGCUCAACGACGUGCGAUUCGUUUCGCAGCUCCUCAAGCUGGAGUUCAUCUACAAGCCUUCGCCGGAUAUCGAGGUCAACUUCGAGCAGACGCUCAAUCAAAUGCAGGAGCGGGGCAUCCUGAAGCAAGAGCAGGUCGCCCGUACUGCGCUUCCCGAGGAGGAGCAGGAGGACGAGGAGUCGCCCACCAUGGUCUCGAUCCAGGCCUCGGAGGACGCGCAGGAGAUGUUCCUCUUCCUGUGCUCCCUCUUCUGGCCGUUCAUCGACUCCUACUGGCUCGUCAUCAACGCCUUCAAGAGCCUCCUCCCCAGCAUCAUCAUGGAAAAGAACAGCUUCCUCGAACGAGUCAGGGUGUUCUCGAUGGCGCAGUACUACAGUGGAGAGCUGAGUUUCAUUGAGGCGCUCUCGACCGAGGGGCUGUCCAACGCUCUGGAGUUCUUCCACGAGCAGCGCGUGAUCAGGCUGGACCGCGUGUCGCAUUCCAAGGUGGUGACGAUCAAGCUGCGCCACCAGUAUCACCAGGGCCAGGGCGAAAAGCUGGAGGAGCUCAUCUACAACAUCGGCCGCUUCCGCCGUGCCACCUUCCGCGGCCUGGCCUUCACCUUCAAGACCAAGAAGGAGAAGAAGCGCAUCAACUUCCCUAAGAGCUCCGCCAAGUUGUGA